AGAUAAGGUGGAAUUCGGAUAUCAAUUUAGCAGCAUUCACGUCAGUCGUGCCAGUGCGAAAACUAAAGAAAAUGUUUAUUUUUUGUAUACUUUUUAUUUUCAUGGAGAUGCAUAUUUCCACAGGAAUAAAACUGACAUAUGUCGACUGCGGAUCAAUAUCGCAGGUAGAUGACGUGAUCAAUGAUAACUGCAAGCAGGAGCCCUGUGUCAUGAUUACAGGGCACAAUUAUACAGGUUAUACUAAAUUUACUCCUAGGACCAAUCAUGCUGCCGCUUACCUUCAUUUAGUUGUCAUCCUAAAUGGAACUCCACUGCCUUUAGUGAGUAAUGGUGAUCAGUGCUCAAACGGACUGCAUUGUCCUUUGCGUGCAGGAGAAGAAACCGUGUGGUCCUUGUCAUAUAAUAUACCAAUAGGCUUACACCCAGCGAGACUGGCCGUGAAAUAUGAACUCAAUGACGAAGCUGGGAAAAUGAUUCUUUGCCUUGUUGUACCUGUGAUACUUACUAACUGAUAAAAUCAAUUCUGAUUUAAAGUUAUUCUGUUCCUGUUUUGUGCAUGUAAUUUUCGUUCCAAUAUGGAGUGACAUAAUUUAAUUCAGAGGAUAUAUAACUCUUCCAAUUACUGCAGAAAUCAAGCAACAUGACGUGUUAUUUAUUAUUAUUAUUAAUGAUAAUUUUCAAUUCCUAAUUAUCAGUAUUUAAAACAUCUGCCAGCUAUGACUGUUUCAUGAAAAUACAAGAGAUCACAGAGUGAUCUUGGCGCCCAACAUUGAGCCAUUUUUGAAUGUUCCAAAAUUCAAGACAAGCUCAAGGUCAAAAUCAAGGUCAAAGUUCAUUUCAGUACACAAAACUGUGCAUAUGGUCCAUGCAUGUGGUCCAAAUUUGAAAGCUGUAGCUUGAGAAAUGUGAAAGUAGGUCACUAGAUCAAUUUCAAGGUCUAAGUUCAUUUUGGUGAAAUUAGGUACUAGGUAAAAAUCAAGGUCAAAUUUCAAUUCAGAACACAGAACUAUGCAAGUGGUCCAAAUUUGAAGCAUGUAGCUUGAGAAAUGUGAAAGUAGGUCACUAGGUCAAUCUCAAGGUCAAAGUUCAUUUCGGUACACAACACUAUGUAGGUGGUCCAAAUUUGAAGGCUGUAGCUUGAGAAAUGUAAAAGUAGGUCACUAGAUCAAAAUCAAGGUCAAAUUUCAUUUCGGAACACAAAACUAUGCAUGUAGUCCAAAUUUGAAGCCUGUACCUUCAAAAUGUAAAAGUAGGUCACUAGGUCAAUGUCAAGGUCAAACUUUGUUUCGGUACACAAACCUAUGCAUGUGGUCCAAAUUUGAAGGUUGUAGCUACAGAAACGUGAAAGUAGGUCACUAGGUCAAGAUCAAGGUCAAUUCAUGUCAAGGUUCAUCUUGCCACUCAAAACUAUACAUGUGGUCCAAAUUUGAAUGUUGCAGGUUAUGGACAAGAAGAUUUUAAAAGUUUUUCCCUAUAUAAGUCUAUAUGAACCAUGUGACCCCCCGGAGCGGGGCCAUAUUUGACCCUGGGGGAUAAUUUGAACAAACUUGGUAGAGAACCACUAGAUGAUGCUACAUUACAAAUAUCAAAGCCCUAGGCUUUGUGGUUUGGACAAGAAGAUUUUCAAAGUUUUUCCCUAUAUAAGUCUAUAUAAACCAUGUGACCCCCAGGGCGGGGCCAUGUUUGACCCUAGGGGAAUAAUUUGAACAAUUUUAAUAGAGGACCACUAGAUGAUGUCACAUACAAAAUAUCAAAGGCCUAGGCCCUGUGGUUUUGGACAAGAAGUGUUUCAAAGUUUUUCCCUAAAUAAAUCUAUGUAAAUCAUAAAAAUAAACAAAGGGCCAUAACUCAUUCAAAAAUUGUUGAACCAGUCUGAUUUUCAAGGCGGACACAACUAGGGUACCAAUACAUCAUUCUGACAAAGUUUGGUCAAAAUUUACCCAGUAGUUUCUGAAGAGAUGCGAUAACGAGAAACUGUAAACGGACGGAUGGACCACGGACGCAGAGCGAUUUGAACAGCCCACCAUCUGAUGAUGGUGCAAAAUAUAAAUUUCUGUUUACUUAAGUGAUUCAUGUAUUACAUAUUUGAUAUUGAAAGGUAUUUCAAAGCAACGGUUUGUAAAAGCAACAAGACGGAUCAUGUUCAGGAUGAAUGGGUCGUUGACUGAGUAAGCUGACACCGAAUGGGUAUCAGCUUACUCCCCAAACUGAUAUGUUAUGCCUUAAACAACCAUAUUAUGUCACUCCUGUGAGUAAUUGCUUACUACAUUCAGCUCGACAGGUCCGUCACAAAAAAAAACUG